AUGCUCUUCACCAAGACCGCCAUCCUCUCGGCCAUGGCCGCCCUGGCCUCUGCCUACACGCAGCCGGACUACAACCAGUCCCCCUCGGGUAACGCCAUCACCAAGCCCGGCCUCAACGACCUGGUGACCGCCGGCAAGCCCUACACCAUUGAGUGGGAUCCCACCACCGAGGGCCCCAUCUCCCUGGUCCUCCUCCGCGGCCCCUCCACCAACGUCCAGCCCAUCGACACUCUGGCCGAGUCCAUUGACAACUCCGGCCACUUCGACUGGACCCCCAGCACGGACUUGGAGCCUGACACCACUCACUACGGUCUGAUGCUCGUCGUCGAGGGCUCCGGCCAGUACCAGUACUCCACCCAGUUCGGCGUCAAGAACGAGGAGCACGGUGCCGCCUCUUCCUCCGCCGCCUCCAGCAGCACUCCCGCUACUACUGAGACUCCUGUGAGUAAGGGUGACGGACUCCACACCAUCUAUUCGACUGAGGAGUUUGUGACUACUAGAUGCCCAAAGUGCUCUGCUGAGGCCUCUGCCGCGUCGGCCUCUGCCACCUCGACCUCUGCCACGCCUGCUACCACUCUCUCCAGCAUCCCUGUCUCCGCGGGGACCAGCAGCACCGCUGUCUCGUCUUCCUCGGCCUCCGCGACUUCCUCCUCUUCUGUUGCCGCUGCUACUUCCACCAAGGCGUCUCCCAGUGACGCCGCUGCUGUUACCGGCUCUGACUCUGGCUCCGCUUCUGGCUCUGCUUCUUCCAGCGCUCCCACUUCUGUGUUCACUGGUGCUGCGGACCGCAACGCUGUUGGUCUGGGCGCCGUGGCUGCUGGUAUGUUGGCUGUGUUUGCUUUCUAA